UUAAAUGAUGGAAUUGGGCUGGGGCAUAUUUCUUGCCCUUUAAGAAUUUUUUAGUCAUCGAAGACGGGAGAUAUUAGGAGAUAGUUAACAGCACAGGGUGAAGGAGUGAUGACAGUUUUACAAAAACGGAAGCACUACCGGGGAGAAUUCUAAGGCUUUCAGCAGAGAUUUGAGAAAUGGCAACAAAUGAAAGUAUCGGCAUCUUUAGUUCAGCAUCCUUGGCUGUGGAGUAUGUAGAUUCACUUUUACCUGAGAACCCUCUACAAGAACCAUUUAAGAAUGCUUGGAACUAUAUGCUGAAUAAUUACACAAAGUUCCAGAUUGCAACAUGGGGAUCCUUGAUAGUUCAUGAGGUCCUUUAUUUCUUGUUCUGUUUACCUGGAUUUUUGUUUCAAUUUAUACCUUACAUGAAAAAGUUCAAAAUUCAAAAGGAUAAACCAGAAACAUGGGAAAACCAAUGGAAAUGUUUUAAAGUACUUCUCUUUAAUCACUUUUGCAUCCAGCUUCCUUUGAUCUGUGGAACUUAUUAUUUUACAGAGUAUUUUAAUAUACCUUAUGAUUGGGAAAGAAUGCCAAGAUGGUAUCUGCUUUUGGCAAGAUGCUUCGGCUGCGCAGUGAUUGAGGAUACCUGGCACUAUUUCCUGCAUAGGCUCUUACAUCACAAAAGAAUAUAUAAAUAUAUUCAUAAAGUUCAUCAUGAGUUUCAGGCUCCAUUUGGAAUGGAAGCUGAAUAUGCGCAUCCCUUGGAAACUCUGAUUCUUGGAACUGGAUUUUUCAUUGGAAUCAUGCUAUUAUGUGACCAUGUCAUUCUCCUUUGGGCAUGGGUGACUAUUCGUUUGAUAGAAACUAUUGAUGUCCAUAGUGGUUAUGACAUUCCUCUCAACCCUUUAAAUCUGAUCCCUUUCUAUGCUGGUUCUCGGCAUCAUGAUUUCCACCACAUGAACUUCAUCGGAAACUAUGCUUCAACAUUUACAUGGUGGGAUAGAAUUUUCGGAACAGACUCUCAAUUUACUGCCUACAAUGAAAAGAUGAAGAAGAUUGAGAAAAAGACUGAGUAAAUAUCUAAACCUUCCUGAACAUACACACUUUCCUGAAUUGAAGCGAGUAGCUAACAUUGCUUCUGCAGAGCAGAAAUAAACAAGUGUCGUGGCUGCUAAGUGAUACAAAGGACAUUAACAACCUUUAAUUAUCUUCCUAGUGGGAACUUUUUCUACUUUACAUAAAAGUUCUGUAUGUGUAGAAAUAAGUAUAUAUUUAAGUACGAUUUUCAUGAGGAAGUUGUAAAGGCCAUGUUGCUAACCUUACAGAAAGGUUUUAAGUAAUGGAAGAAGUAUUAAUUUCUGUCUUUCCCCCAGUAAUACCAUAAGCCUGAAGUUGAAAUUGGUCUUUAAAAUCUUUUAAAUAUAUAGUGGCCAUUUCAGAAACUCUUAGUAGGGUGUUGGCCUCAUGUUGAACUUUAAACAUUUUUUAGAAUUUGCCUAAACAUCAUAGUAUCAUGGGUUGAACCAUACCAAUUGACAGUGAGUGAGGCUGCCGAAUCAGGAAUAGCCAGUACCAAGAACUUAGCUCUUGUCCUUAGCCGACCGGUUUGGGGUGAUUCUCUUUCUUUGAGAAGUCCUUUGGGAUUGCACUGUACUACUGGUAUCUAUAAAUUAAGGCAUUUCUGAAUUGUUGUAAGUGGAAUAUUUUAGUCUAAAGGUUUUCGGGUUACUUGAAUUCUUUAAAAAAUUGAGCUUUAUUUCUGCUUUUCUGUUUUCAUUAUACUUAAAACUGUAUCUUGAAACGUGAACUGACUUGCUGUAUUUGCACUUUGAACUAUUGAAAUAAAUGUGAUUUUUUUGUCUGAU